AUGGAAGAAAAUUCUGUUUCCAAACAUCAAGAUUCCACGUCGGAUUCCCCUGAUCAUUCUCAGGUUUGUUCGAGAAAACCGAACCUGAGUUCGCUACAAAUACCGGCAAGGUCGUUAGAAACAGAAUUCAAGAAAAUCGAAAUCUCUCAAAGCCCUAGCUCAGCUAAACCAGGCCUGCCGCCGCGGCCGAAUUCAGCUAAAUUUAAAUCGACGGUGAAGAAUUUGCUUCCGCAGAGAAGUAUAAAAGCGAGAAAUUUAUCACAAGAUGGUGAGAAAACAGUUCUAAUUGUUCCUGAUGCGCCGCCGUCUGAUAGUCCUGCCAAGCCUUCUACUUCUCGGUCGUUUUCGCUUAAUAAAGUUCUGUUUCCGUUAAAAUCGGCGAAUUCUUUGCCUGUUACGCCGUGUGCGAAUUCCGAUCCUGAGGCCGUGCACGAGAGAAAUGUUAAUUCUUGUUCUGAUGAUAAGGUAGAAGUUCGGCAUCAUAUAAGACGAUCGUUGUCUGUUCCGGUGAAUAUAAAGAUAAGAAGUUUAAGACGGACUGAUUCAGGUGGAGGUUUGUUUCGUGUGGUUUCGGCAACUCCACGUCCUGUGGUAGCAGAUAGUGUGUCCACGAAUGAUCCCUCUACGACAGAAAUUGCGAGUGAAGAUGAUGGUGAAGAUAUUCCUGAAGAUGAAGCCGUUUGUAGAAUUUGUUUGGUUGAGCUUAGCGAAGGAGGUGAUACUUUCAAGAUGGAGUGUAGUUGUAAGGGGGAGCUUGCGCUUGCGCAUCAGCAAUGUGCUGUGAAGUGGUUUAGCAUCAAAGGAAACAAGACAUGUGAUAUUUGUAAGCAGGAUGUUCGGAAUCUGCCUGUAACAUUACUAAAGAUACAUAAUCCUCAAGCAGCUGGUAGGAGGUCAUUACCUGUACCCCAGCAAAGGGAAGUCGCUCGUUACAGGGUUUGGCAGGAUGUACCAGUUCUUGUCAUGGUCAGCAUGCUGGCAUAUUUUUGCUUUCUGGAGCAACUACUGGUAUCUGACUUGGGCCCUCGUGCUCUUGCCAUUUCAUUGCCUUUCUCUUGUGUUUUAGGUCUCCUUUCUUCCAUGAUCGCUUCCACCAUGGUAAGCAGGAGUUACAUAUGGGCUUAUGCUUCCUUCCAGUUUGCUGUAGUCAUCUUGUUCGCUCAUAUAUUUUAUACUGUGCUCAAUGUGAACCCUAUACUCUCUGUCCUGUUAUCCUCAUUCACUGGUUUUGGGAUUGCGAUUAGCACAAAUUCUCUUCUUGUGGAGUACCUGAGGUGGAGGGUAAGCAGGCAAUUGCAAUCUUCCCAUCAGCAAAAUAACAGAGCUGUUCAGCAAGCACAGCAACUGCAACAACAGUCCACGCAGACACGGCAGCGAGAUCAUCAACAACCCAGACAACAAUCCAUAGAAAAUUCCAAUGUUGGACCCACUGAUAGUUCAAGGCAACGAGAAGCUAUAAUCCAGAUUACGUAG